UUUUUUAUGAUUUAAGCUUAUUUAACUAGGCAAGUCAGUUAAGAACACAUUCUUAUUUACAAUGUUAUGUAUUGCUCAUCAUUGUUGUUGGCUGUUUUUUACUUAUUUAUUUGUUGUCUCAUCACAUUAUUGUACCAAAAAAAACGGAAACGUAGCUAAUACAUCAGUAUUUAUUGUUUCGAGUGGUCUUUUUAGUGGUAUGGGGUUCCAGUAUUGAGUCGCUGGUCGCAUUGAUUGACAGAUCAUCCCUGAAGUUGUUUUAUUGCGUAAAAGUUCUUUCACAUUAUGACGUUGGCUUUGUAUAAAAUGCGAUAGCCUUAUCUCUUUGGUAAUCACUUGGUUAAGUUUUACAUGAUGAGAACAUACGCUCCAGCCAUAGACUUUAACCAUGGAGGAUAAUAAGAGUUUAAAUGAAGAUGAUCCACAUGAUCAUCAAAGUUUGGAAGGUCAAGUCCAGAAAAUGAAGAAUGAUAUCCUGGGUUUAAACUAUCCAGAAGAUAGUGAAGUGAAGGAUCCCCUGCCUCAGAUCGAGCUGAAGGCUGUGACAAGGAGAAAAGUUAAGACAAAGAGGAGGACCAGUGCCAACAGGUCCACAGUUGAACAGAGCACUGAUACUGAUGCAGCUGAGAGAGAUUUUGUUGAUAAUCAGAAUGAUGAAGAUGAGGAAGAGGUGAAGAAGGAUACCCUGCCUCAGAUGGAGCAGGAUGCCGUGAAGAGAAAUAAAGUCAAGACCAAGAGGACCAAGAGAAACAAAAUGGAGCAGAUCACUGAUACAGAUGCAGGUCCCUCUACAUCUGUGGAAUUCUCUAGGAUGGCAAUUCAGGGGACAUCUCACCAGGGACAAUCUAAUGAAAAUAUCCUAAGUGAGUGUGUCUCCAGGGCCUGUCAGACCAGGGCUCUUGACCUCCCGCCAAUCAAUCCGGAUGCUUUCAACCCGAUUAUCAUCCGGUUUCUGGAAAAACUUACUGAGGAGCAAUGGAGGCAGUUAAGCAUUGGCAGGAUGGACCCUGUGAUGAGGGCACUGCUUGCAGAGAUGUGCCUGGAGAUUGUGCGGUUUGUAUCUGAGGCCAUCCUGGAGGUCAUCAUCCCUGCAAUUUUCCGUUUUGUACGGAUAUACAGCCAUGUGUCUCCAGUAUCCGGCAAGUCUCUGACAGAAUCAGAGACAUCUUCUAGCACAAACCUGAAGGUUCGCAAGAGAGGCAGCAGAAAAUCCUCAAGGUCUUGCGCGGCCAAAUCAAGCUCCUCUCGUAAUGGGUAUGUUCAGUCAUUCCUAAAGAAACCGGUUUCACCUAACUAUUCAUAA